AUGGUGCAGAAAUCUCUCAACGGCGGGGUUUACCCAACUCAAACCGGAGAGAAGAAGCACAAAGUCGGGUUCGUUGGGUUGGACCCCGGUGCUCCUGAAUCCAACAGGGACGGGGCGCUGCUCAUUGCGGGCUCGGAAAGCACCAAGCGGAGCAGCAUCCUCUGCAGACCCAGGUCCAGCAUCUCCGCCGGGAGACCCAGACCGUCGAAGAAAAAUGCCAGCUAUCGGAAACUACAGAAUUUCCUCUACAAUGCGCUGGAGAGACCGCGGGGAUGGGCGUUCAUCUACCACGCUUAUGUCUUCCUCUUGGUCUUCUCCUGUCUCAUACUUUCAGUCUUUGCCACCAUCAAAGAGUUCAAAAAUAGCUCAGAGAGUGCCUUGUACAUCCUGGAAAUUGUGACCAUCGUGGUGUUUGGAGUGGAGUACAUUGUAAGGAUAUGGGCUGCUGGCUGCUGCUGUCGAUACAGAGGAUGGAGAGGGAGGCUAAAAUUUGCCAGAAAGCCUUUCUGUGUCAUAGACAUCAUGGUGCUGAUUGCCUCAGUAUCUGUACUGGCAGCUGGAUCUCAGGGCAAUGUUUUUGCCACCUCGGCCAUCAGGAGUUUGAGAUUCCUGCAGAUCCUGCGCAUGCUGCGUAUGGACCGCCGCGGAGGCACCUGGAAGCUGCUUGGAUCUGUAGUUUACGCCCACAGCAAGGGUAUCCUGGGUUCUGGCUUUGCCCUCAAAGUCCAAGAGCAACACAGACAGAAACAUUUUGAGAAGAGACGUAACCCUGCAGCGGGCCUCAUCCAGGGUGCUUGGAGGUUUUAUGCUACCAACCUUUCCCGUACUGAUCUUGUAAGCACUUGGGAUUUUUACGAGCAGACUGUAGCUGUUCCAAUGUACAGAAUUAUUCCACCCCUGAAUCAGCUGGACCUGCUGAGGAAUCUAAAGGGCAAGUCAUUCAGGAAGGAGUCUCAAACAGAAACCUCUCCCAGUAAUGAAAAUGCACACAAAGACAGACUUUGCGGGUGCUGUCCGAGAACUCUUAGUCGGAAGGCCAGCCUGAAGGACAAGGUGUUCCCCAGUCCUUCCAAGGCUCCUGUGGCAAAGGGGAAGCCCCAGUCUCCAGGGGCGGAGGACAGGGCAGAGGCAAGUCCCAGCAAGGUCACCAAGACCUGGAGCUUCAAUGAGAAGAACCGAGGGCCAAAGCACGCCUUCAGAGUCCGGGGCAGCACCUCACGCCAAAACUCAGAGGUGCUGAUUGAAAUGCAGGAUGAAGACUUUGGACUGAAGAGUUCUCCAGCAAUUGAAGGUUUAAUAAAGGCGAGCCUCCCAGGGGAGGAAAUUGGUGAUGAUAAGAGCUGCCACUGUGAGUUUCUCGCUCAAGACUUACCGCCAGGCUUGAAGGUUACAAUAAGGGCAAUCUGCAUCAUGAAGUUUCUGGUGACAAAGAGGAGGUUUAAAGAGAGCCUGCGGCCUUACGAUGUCAUGGAUGUGAUUGAGCAGUACUCUGCAGGUCACCUGGACAUGCUGUCUCGCAUUAAGAACCUGCAGUCCAGAGUUGACCAGAUAGUUGGUAAAGGUGCUAAAGCUGAAGGAGAGGCUGCAGAUGACCAGAGCAUGAUGGGACGUCUGGUCAAGGUGGAAAAACAGGUGGUCUGUAUGGACAGGAAACUUGAUUUCCUGGUCAAUGUGUAUGUGCAGCGUAUGGGUAUCCCUCGUUCAGAAACAGAGGCCUUUUUCAACUCCAAAGAGCCGUAUCCAGCCCCGCCUUACCACAGCCCAGAGGAGAGCAAGGUGGAGAAGGAGGAUAAAGAGGAGGUAAAAGAGGAAAAGGAGGUGAAGACAUGCUCUCCUGCAGAUGUCCCGUGUUCUGAUGGGUCUCUAGAAAAGAAAGAUCCUUUACUGGGUCGGUCUGUGGCGAUAUCAGUGGGUACUCCCUCUGGCAGCCACAGCCGCCCCUCUACCUCCUGGCAGCACCAGCUGCAGCAUCCCCUCAGCCAGCCCGCCUGGAACAGCAGCGUGGCCAACACCCCUUCACCAGUCGGUGGCAGCGGCGAUCAUUCGCCCACCCUGUUCCGGCUCCCGCCUCCACCUGCUCCAGUCCACGACCGAUCCUCCUCCGGCCCGGGUGGCAGUGGCAGAGAGAGCAGCUCCCAGGGCAGGAGGCGCCACAGGAGGCAGAGGUGUCAGCAGGAUGCCACCGCUGUUGAGAGCGACACGUCUCUAUCCAUCCCAUCAGUUGACCACGAGGAGCUGGAGCGUUCCUUCAGUGGCUUCAGCAUCUCCCAGGCCAAGGAGGACUUCUUUGGGCCUUCUUACUUUACAGGCUCAGGGGGGGCAGCUGGAGCAGGGACUGAAGCCGCAGCUGGACCCUCAAUCUGUGCCAGGGUCAGACCCUUCAUAGCAGAGGGAGAAUCAGACACAGACUCUGACCUCUAUGCUCCCUCUCCUCUGUCCUUCACUGGAGAGGUCUCAUGUGGGGAGAGGGCAUGGCCAGGACUGAAGUAGGUCAGGAAAGGACUGUUCUGCCUGGAGAGAAGAGAUUGACGCUUCACUUGCCAACAGAAGACCUUUCAUGAGACCUUGUAGCCAACUAACUGACUGUUGUUGCUGACGAUGCUAUUACAGACUAUUGUACGUUAAGUGAAUGGUUACGAUUAGGUGUUAGGUGUAUUGCUGAAGAUGGUUCAAAUAUAAAAAAGGGGUUGUUCUUUAUCACCUUUUUGGUUUGUGAUGUAACACUACAAGCAAUGCUUCAUUAUAUUUGCAUUGUAUCCAUAAAUAUUUUGAUUGAAUAGGGAAAAAAAGCUAUCUAGGGACAUUUCUUUAACUUGUUGGGGACAUCUUUGUUGCAUUUAUUAGUAAUGAAAGGUACAUGAGAGUGUAUAUGUGUGAGAGACACAUAUUUUGUCAUCAAACUUAUACUUUUACAUUAAUUUGUAUGGAACAUAAAAGAUAAAAUCACUUUGAUUUAUUUUAUGAAUAGAGUGCAUUUCAACACGUCCACUGCUACACCAACCACUUUCAAAAUAUAGUGGGAGUCAGUAAUGCAAGAUUGUUAAAAUCACAUUGGUUAGCAUAGUGUCUUGAUAACUUCUAUACCUUUGAAUGACUUGAGGUGUUAUGAUGCCAAAACCUUAGCUAUGAUAAUCAAUUAGAUUCUCGCAGUGUAAAAAAAAGUGCUUGCUUUUCAGCAUCAUUAAUUGGUGCCUGGUGUUUACUGAAUACUGCAGAAGAACUCCCCUCAAAGUAUUGCAGAUACUUCCCCGCCAAUAAACCAGUGAAACUACAGCAUGGCAUGUUAAAUGGUUGAUUUAAGGACUGCGUAACCACAAAACCAGACAACAGCUGCGAAAAGUCAGCAGAAUAAUUCCACGAUUGUUUUUCUUCUAUACUGGCAAACAGAGCGGUGAAUAAAACAUUAAAAAGUGCAUGCAUGACUGGUUUUAAGCCACAACGUGUUAAUUUUUUUAUAGGGCUUUGCUUGAAUUUCAAUCAUGUAAAUGCAGCCCGAGCUUGCUAAUUUCAAUGGCUCUUCUUUUCUGGGCAAAUAUGUCCAUCAAUUAUCUAUACAUUAAAUACAAAGGCAGAGGUUUAAUGUUGCAUAUGGAAAUGAAGUGCUCAUACAUUUUGUAUUGUUAUCACACAACAUGCGGUGUUGAAGUUGGAUUGAGUGGGGCAUUUGUUACUGAGACACAAUGGUAUUCAGCCUGCAAUGCAUUGGUCAGUCAUUUAGACUCUUUGCUGCUGUGUCAGUUUGGCACUUAAUACGGAAAUGCAAUAAAAAGCAAGCAAGGCAAUCAAGAACCAUCCUUUACCAACAUUGACAUGGCCUUAUUUUUCACACAAAAGUCCACUGUUUUGUAAGUAAACAGAUUAACAAUUUCAUUCUAAACAUUUCAUAAAAGUAGUGCAAGUACAUUUUCAAGUGUAGUCAUCUAUAAUGCUAAAAGCAUGGGAUUCAUAGGGGCAUCUGAACCAUGGACAGUUCUUCCCAAGUCACAGCAAAUCAACAUUUUAAUAUUAACACUGAAACAUGGACAUGAUGACAGAGGAUAUAUCAUUUAACAGAGACUGUUCACACAAGAUUCGCAAUCCAUACUUUUCAGAAAAGAAGAAACAAAACUGCUGGCAUGUUUUCUACAACCCAAAGAAAGGACCUGUAGGGUUUUA